AUGUCGACUUCUAAGCCUUUCAUCCUUUUCUUCAACCCAGUGAGGCAUGCCAAAAGCUUCUAUGCGAAGCUUCAGGAAGAUGAGUUCUUCAAGGAUCUACGAGACAAGUAUAAGAACAUUUUUGCUAUUUACCGAGCUUCUGCUAGUGGUUCAGUCGCCGGCAAGUUUGAUAGGGAGUUUAUUGAUCAGCUGCCUCCAAGUUGCAGGUACAUUUGCCACAACGGAGCAGGUUAUGACCCAAUUGAUACAAAGGCUUGCGCGAACAAGGGAAUUAUUGUGACCAAUGCACCCGAUCCCGUCACAGACGCCACCGCCGACCUGGCCAUUUUUCUCUUACUUGGAGCCUUACGCCAAUUGAGUCCAGCUAUGGCAGCUCUUUGGAAAACUCUUGGUCUCCUUGGUAUGGGUCGAAUUGGCCGUGCUAUCAAAGCACGCUGUGACCCCUUCGGCUUAAAGACAGUUUACCACAAUCGUAAUCCUUUAUCAGCCGAGCAAGCCGCCGGAACUGAGUAUGUCUCAUUUGAGAAGCUGCUUGAGGAAAGUGACAUUAUCAGUAUCAAUGUCCCCUUGAACGCAAAUACGAAGUAUCUGAUCGACGCUGCGGAAAUUUCCAGAAUGAAGCCUGGUGUUAUUAUCAUCAACACCGCUCGAGGUGCGAUUAUCAACGAAGCUGCCAUGACUGAUGCGCUGGAAAGCGGACAUAUUGGCGCUGUCGGCUUGGAUGUCUAUGAACGGGAGCCUGAGAUAAACGAGAAGCUCAUGAAACAGCCACGCGCUCUCAUGGUUCCCCAUGUGGGAACUCACACAACCGAAACACUCGCGAAGAUGGAGACGUGGGCAAUGGAGAAUGCCUGGCGAGCAAUUACUGACAAAGCGCUCUUGUCACCCGUUCCUGAGCAUAAAGGUCUUUGCCAAGCUCAGAUCAGAUAG